AGUCAACCAGGAACGGGACCGGGCAGUCUUCCACUCAAUUUCUUAAUCUAUCGGCCUGCACUAUCCCUCCUGUAUGGUGGAUAUUAUAUUAAAUUCUUCUUUCUUGGGUGAUAUGGGGGAUCAUUCCAAAAAGAAGUCUGGAAUCGCAAUGUGUGUGGGCUGUGGGAGUCAGAUCCACGACCAGUACAUCCUGCGGGUCGCCCCGGACCUGGAGUGGCAUGCUGCGUGUCUGAAGUGCUCGGAAUGCAGUCAGUACCUGGAUGAGACGUGCACUUGCUUCGUCCGAGAUGGCAAAACAUACUGCAAAAGAGAUUAUGUAAGAUUAUUUGGGAUUAAAUGUGCAAAAUGUAACAUUGGCUUCUGCAGCAGUGAUCUGGUGAUGAGAGCUCGUGACAACGUUUACCACAUGGAGUGUUUUAGGUGCUCGAUGUGCAGCCGGCAUCUCGUGCCGGGGGAUGAGUUCUCUCUGCGGGACGAGGAGCUGCUGUGUCGGGCUGAUCACGGUUUACUUCUGGAACGGGCCUCAGCGGGAAGCCCCAUUAGUCCGGGAAAUAUUCUCUCCAGGUCUUUUCAUAUUACUGAUCCUGUGUCAGUUCGACAGCCUCCUCAUCGGAACCACGUCCACAAGCAGUCAGAGAAAACCACUCGGGUGCGAACAGUAUUGAACGAGAAGCAGCUCCAUACCCUUCGGACCUGUUACAAUGCCAACCCAAGACCAGACGCUCUUAUGAAAGAACAAUUGGUAGAGAUGACCGGUCUUAGCCCAAGGGUCAUCAGAGUUUGGUUUCAGAACAAACGUUGUAAAGACAAGAAGAGAACUAUAUUCAUGAAGCAACUUCAACAACAGCAUCACAUCGAUAAAACUAAUCUUCAGGGGCUGACGGGUACACCUAUGGUGGCAGGCAGUCCAAUUCGACACGACAACACGGUCCUAGGGAACCCAGUAGAGGUGCAGACUUACCAGCCCCCCUGGAAGGCCCUGAGCGAGUUCGCCUUGCAGAGUGACCUGGACCAGCCCGCCUUCCGGCAGUUGGUGUCUUUUUCUGAAUCGGGCUCCAUGGGUAACUCCUCCGGCAGUGAUGUGACCUCCUUGUCGUCGCAGUUGCCGGACACCCCGAACAGCAUGGUACCAAGUCCGAUGGACACGUGAGACCAGCCCAACAGUGACGCUUCGAACUCCAGCAUGCUCCCGCGUGCCCUGCAUGAGAAUUGGCUAGUUAACAGCUUUGAGAGGAAAAGGAUUUCAUCUUAUUUAAAGAACAAUAACGCUGGAUGUGUCUAUGAGGAUGCACCAUUUGUUCACGGAGGGACCGGUCUGCAUUUCUCAGGAUCGGAUGAAUUUUAAGUUACCAGCCAGUGACAACCAAGGGCUAUAACUAAAGCAGAGGCUGAGCCUCGGAUCUUACCUACAUGGUUGGACAUAGCCUACGUGAGGAUUAUAUCUACAAACAUUCAACUUUAUUAUGAGUCGCUAGCUUGUAAUGAUGAACAUAUCAGAACAUUAUCCAUAGUGGCCAACAAUUGUAUAGUUUCAUCUAUGUAAGUUUCCUAUGUCGGGUUGCGACCAUAUGGAGACCCCAUGACUCUGUAGAUGUGCAUGAUUUCUAGAGAUGAUUUAAAAUCAAGCCUUGUAAAAUAUUGUAAUUAAGUGGAUGGGAUACAGAUUGUGGAACCUUUCAAGAAAAAGUAAGUUAUUGAUAUUUAUUAUGCGAAAAUGUAGGCUAUCGUAAUAAACCCAUAUGAACUGUUUCAUGUCUAAUGAACUCUGCAUGUGAAAUCUCAUAGAUGCAGUAAUUCAAUCAAAUAUUAACUGAAAUUUC